AUGAGCGACUGGUCGUCUCCGCUGAUUUCCUUCUCUUCCCGCUAUUUGGCAGUUCUUAGCAUCAAAACUGAGACCCGUGUGCCGGAGCAGAGGUGCCCUGCAGUUGUUGUUUUGUUGUUUCAGACUAUUCUCCACCCUUUGUGUGUAAAAUAUCCCCCUUCCACCAAGUACAGAAGAUGUUUUCUAGCUGAACUCAUCAAAAAGCAUGAAUCCACAGCAGCUGAACCCCUGGAUGAGCUGUACGAUACACUGGCAGACAUUUUAAAUGAGGAAGAAUCUACUCACUGUUACAAGAACUACUUACUGCCCACGGGUGAGUCUGUUACCCUGUCCGAGAGCGUGGCGAUUAUCUCUGGAGGAACCACGGGGCUCGUCACAUGGGACGCUGCGCUUCAUCUCGCUGAAUGGGCGAUAGAGAACUCUGCUGUUUUCAGUAACAGGACAGUCUUGGAAUUGGGAAGUGGGAUUGGCUUCACUGGAAUUGCAAUCUGUAAAACCUGCAGUCCCAAGACGUACAUAUUCAGUGACUACCACCACUGUGUGCUCAAACAGCUGACAGAAAACCUCCGUUUGAAUGGCUUUGUCUUGGAGCCCGGAACUACCCAGCACAUCCAAACGGAGUCCCAAGGCCAGGAGGCAGAAGCAACAAAUCACCAAACCCCAAAACUAGUUGUAGCAGAACUUGACUGGGGCUCAGUCACAGAAAAACAACUGUUGGAUCUUCAGCCAGACGUCAUCGUUGCAGCAGAUGUGGUAUAUGAUCCAGAGAUAACUUCAGCCCUUGUUGGAGUGCUACAGAAACUCUCCACUCUCAGCGCAGACAGAAAACCUCCUGAGGUCUACAUUGCUUUCACCAUUCGUAACCCAGACACAUAUCACCUGUUCCAGGUGGAACUUGAUAAAGUUGGGAUCGGAUGGCAGAUUAUUCCAGCCCACAGCAACAGUAUAUUUCCCUAUGACAUGCAGCCGAAUGUAACUAUUCUACAGUUAUUUGUAUAG